CAUGUGUAACCGUAAAUGAGGUCAAUCAAAGAUGGGCUUCGAUUUCACGCCCACGCCAUAAAAAAGGGCAUCACAUCCACCGUCUUCACAUCAAAUCAACUCAUUCAUCUGUACUCUAAACACGGUCUUUUGGCAGAAGCCCAUAAGUUGUUCGAUGAAAUGCCUGAGCGAAAUGUUUUCACUUGGAAUGCCAUAAUUUGGGCUUAUAUAAAAACCCAGAACCUGAAACAAGCGCGGGAGCUAUUUGACUCUGCUCCAAGCAAAGAUUUGGUGACUUACAAUUCAAUGUUAUCGGGUUAUAUAAACACUGAUGGAUAUGAGACUAAUGCGCUUAAAUUAUUCAUUGAAAUGCAAUCAUUGAAUGAUGAAACUCGAAUUGAUGAGUUUUCUUUGACAAGGAUGCUUAACUUGUCCGCAAAGUUAUCCAUGGAGUCUUAUGGGAAGCAACUGCACUCAUAUAUGGUGAAAACUGCAAACAAUUUAAGUGGGUUUGCUGUGAGUUCUCUUGUUGACAUGUAUUCCAAGUGUGGGUGUUUCCGUGAAGUAUGCCAAGUGUUUGAUGGAUGUGCUGGGGUGCUUGAUUUGGUUUCAAAGAAUGCAAUGGUGGCAGCUUGUUGCAGAGAAGGUGAGUUGGAAAUGGGGGUGAAUUUAUUUUGGAGAGACCUCGAGUUGAAUGAUGUGGUGUCUUGGAACACAUUGAUUUCAGGGUAUGUUCAGAAUGGUUGUGAGGAGGAUGCACUGAAGUUGUUUGUUCAUAUGAAGGAGAAUGAAGUGAGAUGGAAUGAGCACACUAUCGCGGGUCUUUUAAGCGCUUGCGCUGGUUUAAGGAGUUUGAAGCUUGGGAAGGAAGUGCAUGGUUGGGUUUUGAAAUAUGAGUUGGGUUUCAACCCAUUCAUAAGCAGUGGCCUUGUUGAUGUCUAUUGCAAGUGUGGUAAUCUGAAGUAUGCAGAGUUAGUUUAUGCGACAAUUGGGACUGGGAAUGCCUUUUCUAUCACUUCAAUGAUUGUGGGGCAUUCCUCUCAAGGCAACAUGGGAGAAGCUCGGAGGCUUUUUGAUUCUUUAACUGAGAAGAGUUCUAUCAUAUGGACAGCUUUGUUUACUGGGUAUGUCAAAUCACAGCAAUGUGAAGCUGUGUUUGAACUUUUGAGUGAGUUCAGAGUGAAGGAAGCAAUGGUUCCAGAUGCUUUGAUCCUCAUCAGUGUACUGGGUGCAUGUGCAAUACAAGCUGCUCUUAAUCCUGGAAAGCAGAUUCAUGCUUAUGUUCUAAGAAUUGAGAUUGAACUAGAUGAGAAGUUGCUCAGUGCUAUGGUUGAUAUGUAUUCAAAAUCUGGGAAUAUAAAAUAUGCGGAAAAGAUCUUCCAAAGAGUUACUAACAGAGAUGCAGUCAUUUACAAUAUAAUGACAGCUGGGUAUGCACACCACGGGCAUGAGAAUCAAGCUAUCCAGAAAUUUGAGGAAAUGUUGGAGAGAGGUGUUAGACCUGAUGCAGUCACCUUUGUUGCACUUCUAUCAGCUUGCCGCCACUGUGGUUUAGUUGGAUUGCGGUUGCUCCUUUGUCCACUUGGUUCCAACGUUGUGGUCCGAACGGCAUGCUGUUCCGUGGGAAUUGUUUUUCCUGUUUAUUCUACAUUUAAAGCAAUCGAGAAGAAAGAUCAAAACGAGCAACAGAGGUGGCUUGUGUACUGGGCAGCCUAUGGAUCUUUUAGCCUUGCAGAAGCAUUUGCAGACAAAGUUCUUUACUGGUUUCCACUCUACUACCAUAUGAAGUUUGCAUUUCUUGUUUGGCUUCAACUUCCAUCUACUGAUGGGGCAGGGCAUUUGUACAUGAGGCAUCUGCGUCCAUUCCUUUUGAGGCAUCAAGCUAAACUUGAUCAAAUUAUGGGGCUUUUAUAUGGUGAAAUGGCUAAAUUUAUUAGUCUACACCAAGCAGAAAUCCAGUUGGCAAGGACAUUUGCCAUGAAGGUUUUGGCAGGAGUCCGAGAUAUCAUUCACUCAGACGCAAAGCAAGUGACUCGCGCGAUCGAGGGUCCAACAACCAGACGGAUGCAUGACUCAACAACAACCCAACCAACGCAUGAUUCAGUGAUUGAGAACCCAACAACAGGGACACAAACACAGGACUCAGAAUCCAACCAUGAAGAAUGAUGCCGUCUUCGACAAAGAAGAAAAAAUCAAUCUUUGCCCCCUACCAGAAAUUUGUAGCAAAUAAUUUCCAUCUUAGAAGAAGCAAAAACCAAUCUUUGCACCCUAGCAGAAAUUUGUGGCAAAUAUUUUUUUUUGUGUGUUUGAUAGGGCUUUCAGCUUUGGGCAUAUUGAUAGAGUACAAAAAUUUGUGAAUGGAAUUGGGUUUUAAGCUGUAAAUUUAUGGGUUUGCUGGUGUAGUUUUAGCUUAUUGUAUCUAUAAAUGGUUGAAUGCAUGAAACUGAAAAUCAGAUAUUGCUGUAAGGCCUGAACAUUUGUGGACUUGGUGAUUGAUUCAAAACUUUUUUUUUUUUU